AUGGCUUUUGCCAGCUAUGCUGCAGUGUUCAGAUCACUGCUUUUGGUGCUGGUGCUAGCACUCGUUGUAAGGAGCUCACCCCAUGGGAGGGCAGUUCAUCCUCGACACAGCAAGGACGGUGGCUCUUUGAGGCUUAGUGAAGAUUGCCUGAACCAAAAGGAUCUCAAAUUCCCUACGAUGGUGAAAGUUGAUGUUCGUAUCAGCAGUUCAGAUCAUGCCUUUUGCUCUCUUGCUCCUUGGGAUUACAGGCUUGACGAAGACCCCAACCGCUUCCCCCAGGUGAUCGCUGACGCCGAGUGCCGCCUCUCCAGCUGCGUGAACCCCCUGGGACAGGAGGACCACAGCCUCAACUCAGUCCCCAUCCAACAGGAGAUCCUUGUCCUCCGGCGGGAGCAGCGGGGCUGCCUGCCCACCUACCGCCUGGAGAAGAAGGUCAUCACCGUGGGCUGCACGUGUGCCACUCCAGUCGUCUACCACCAUUCCUAG